AUGGAAAAAUGGAAGGAGAUUCCAUUCUCGAAGGAGGAGGAGGAAGGCAUAAUAGUGGAGGAGGAAGAAGUUUGUGAAGAGGAGUCCUUUCAACGUACUCUUGCCGGAAAGCUGUGGACUGAGAGUAGCUUCAAUGCUAGAGCAUUCAAAUGCACUAUGUUGAGUGCCUGGAAGCUAAAGAACCAGGUUGAGAUACAAGAUUUGAGCACGAACCUUUUCCUCUUCAAGUUUUCCACGAAACGAGAUCUGGAAUCAGUAUUGAGGAGUGAACUGUGGAGCUUUGACAGAUCUUUGCUGGUGCUUAAACGUAUUUCUAGGGAAGAACAACCUUCUGAACUCAAUAUGAACUUUGGAGUUUUCUGGGUCAGAAUCUAUGAGCUUCCUUUGAUGUUAAGAUCUAAUACCAUGGCUCGUAAGAUAGGAAAUAUCAUCGGCUCCUUUGAGGAGAUGGAUCCUAGAGAUGCUUGUAGAAAGGGGUGCUUCAUGAGAAUCAAGGUGACUAUGGAUUUGCAGCAACCUCUGAAAAGAGGGACAAUCAUUAAAUUCAAAGAAAAAUACAGAAGGGUCCAUUUCAAAUACGAACGACUCACAGCCUUUUGCUUUGCAUGUGGAAGAAUAGGGCAUCAACUGAAGGACUGUGAAUCUUUGGAAGACCUUACGGAGGAGAGUUUUGAAGAGUUAGAUGAACAAGAUCUGUCGUAUGUUCAUUGGCUUAGGGCUUCAUGA